UUAGGGUUUCGCCGAAAGAAGCCGCCCAAGUUGGCGAUCGGAGGUUUGAUGAGGGUACGUGAUUCCGCCAAACGAAUCUCCAAAAUCGCACUCUGACUGUUUCUCUUCGGCUUUGAUUUCUUCCACUUCUAAACGAUGCUUGGCUUGCGUGGAUCAGCUUCAAUACUUUCGGAUAUCAGUCUUCGGCUUCGUCAAUCAAUAUCACUGCGAUUAUUGCAGUUUAAUGGGGGAAUAAUAAGAGCACAAUGCAUAAGCAUAAAAGCAGGAAUGGAAAUUCCAGACAACAAGAGGCUUGAGUAUGCACUUCCAUACAUACAUGGAAUUGGGCUACACAGAGCUCGUCAAAUCCUGUCCGAGCUCAACAUGGAGAAGAGCAAACUUGCCAAAGACCUCACUAAAAGAGAAGUGGUUGCUCUUGGACAACAACUUUCCAAAUACAUUCUUGGAAGAGAAUUGGUGGGUUGCGUUCAGAGAGACAUUGGGAGACUGAGAGACAUCCAAUGCUACAGAGGCACAAGACAUGGGGAUAAAUUGCCUUGCAGAGGGCAGCGCACUCAUACCAAUGCUCGCACCAAGAAGUGCAAGCCUACGAUUCCCUCAUUAUCCCGGAACUUGUAAAAAUGUCAUUUGCAGUUUUGCCUAAACAAUCUAUUUCCGGUACAAAUUCCACUUAGAAUUUCUCUGCCAUUGGAAAGUCCAUCUAAUUGUAGUUUCUCGCAUUUGGUUCGGAAUUAAUAGUAUAGGAUUUUCCAACUUCUGCAGCCAUGAAAGGAUGAACCACGGUAAAUGUGGUUUUCUUAGUAUUAUCGUUGAAACUCUUGCGACUAAAUAAAUGUGGAAUCGACGAAAUGCUUUCUUCGA